AGCCAUCAUCAAUCACUUCAACCCGAAGAUAGAGUCUUAUGCUGCGGUGAAUCACAUAUCACAGCUCUCUGAGGAUCAGGUUUUGGAAGUGGUACGGUCCAACUACGACACGCUGACCCUGAAACUGCAAGACGGACUGGACCAGUACGAGCGCUACUCAGAGCAGCAUAAAGAGGCUGCCUUCUUCAAAGAGCUGGUUCGGUCCAUCAGCAUCAAUGUGAGGAAGAACCUUGCUUUCAACACACUGAGCCAGGAACUGCUGCUGAAGGAAUUCUCUACGAUCUCUUGA